AUGGACGAACAAUCUAUGCAAAAAACUUCUUUUGUAAAACCAGAUUACGAUAAUUCAGCUCUCGAUUCUCUACCUACCCAAACGUCUCAUUUGAACUCGCAGGAUCUUUCAUCUAUAAGUCUUGAUUCUCAAUUAGACUCCAAAUUUCAUGCCUCCGAUUUAUUAGACGGAAUUGAUAGCACUUCUUCUAAUGGUACUAUUGUACCCACCUUACCAGCGAUCGUCGAAGCACAGCAAUUAUGCUCUGAAAUCAGGCAGAGCAGUACUAAAUUAUGGGAAAGCAGUGGUGACGAGCAUUGGGUGCUUGAUCUGGCAACAAGACGUCAAUUGGAUUUAAAAUUCAUUAAACUUAGACAGCUCAAUCGAAAAAUGUGUCAAAAUAAACAAAAUAUUAAAAAUAAAACUCAUUAUGCAAAAGGACAAAUGGAUCUUGCGCAUAUGAAACUACAAGACUUUAUGUUUCAGAAAUGUUUGUUAAAAAGUACGCUUAGUAAAUUUCCACAUAUCUUAUUAAUCACCCUUGAUGAAUUCAUGAAGACUGCUCCGGAACAAUACCUUCCCGUUCUGUCUGAAGAUACUGAUACUAAACAACGUGAUCAUCAAUUAUUACUGGCUCAAUUACGAUACGAGCUCGCUGAACGUACAAAAUUGAACCAUAAUUAUCUUGAAAAAUUGAAAAGAAAAGAAGAUGCUCUUCGAAGACUAAGAGGAAAAUCAAAAAUAUAUCAUGAAGUCAAUAAAAUAAUGUCUGAUCCAUUUAGCACGAUUAAAUCUCUUCAACAAAUUAAUUCAUCUUUAGUAGCUAGUAUAUCGUCAUCACCUGAAACUAAUUCUUUGAUUGACCAUUCAACCUCCAUGGUCGACGAUAAUUGA